AUGUCGCGACUGUCUACGUCAUCUCCAAAACCUUUUGAUGAAGCAGAGGAGUUAGUGGUUCGAGAGAUUGCUUCUGCUGCUGCCCAGACAAUCGCCUUGACAUGGCAAGAGAUUGAGACGGUUAGUAAAGAAGAUGAAGAUAUACAACAAGUUAUAGCCGCAUUGAAUUCUGAAACCGUAGAUGAGUUACCCUUAAGCUAUAAGACAAUAUUUUCCGAACUUUGUUGCGUGAAUAACGUGUUGCUGAGAGGAGAUCGGAUUGUAAUCCCAAAAAGACUUCAUCAACGUGUCUUACAUCUGGCUCACGAAGGUCAUCCGGGCAUGCGCAUGAUGAAAGGACAUUUACGCGCAAACGUGUGGUGGCCAAAAAUGGAUCAAAACAUUGAGCAAUUCGUGAAAUCCUGUCACGGUUGCACUUUAGUUUCCGCACCUGGCCCACCAGAACCAAUGGUCCGGAAGGAGCUUCCAUCGCGACCAUGGGAACAAAUCGCUGUUGAUUUCUUGGGACCACUCCCAGACGGUGAGAAUCUUUUUGUAUGUGUUGACUUCUACAGUAGAUAUUUGGAAGUAGUAGAAAUGCAAGAAAUCACAACAACCUCCACAAUUGAACAGUUGCUUAUUAUAUUCUCUCGAUAUGGACUGCCAGUGGUCUUGAGAGCAGAUAACGGACCCCAAUUUAUUUCUGAGGAAUUCCGUCUAUUUUGUGAAGAAGAAGGGAUUCGGCUUGAGAGUACUAUUCCGUACUGGCCUCAAAUGAAUGGGGAGGUAGAGCGUCAGAACCGCUCCAUUCUCAAACGGCUACGAAUUGCGCAAGAGCUUGGGAAAAAUUGGCGGAAGGAGCUUCGUCAAUAUUUGCUAACUUAUCAUUCUGCGAUACACCCAACUACAGGAAAGUCUCCAUCAGAACUGAUGUUCGGGCGGCGGUUACGUACCAAGUUACCCUGUAUCCCUGUGGAGGUUUGCGAAGUUGAAGAAGUCAGAGAUCAUGACCGAAUCCAAAAAGAAAAAGGUAGGCUGUAUGCUGAUCGUAGCAGAAAAGCUAGAUACAGUAGCAUUGAUAUCGGUGACCUAGUGCUUGCGAAGCGAACUAAGAAGGAUAACAAACUUGCUUCCGAUUUUUCUCCUGAAGAGUUCAAGGUUACAAAAAGACAAGGAACUGACGUUAUGAUAAAAUCAACUACUUCCGGAAAGGAGUUCAGAAGAAGUGUAGCCCAUCUUAAACGCAUAGCAUCUCAGUCUGAAGCUAAGGAUCCCUCCGAUGAAGGUUUAGAAGAAAACCAAGAUACUUCAAAUCGGAUAACAGCACCAGAUUCCAAUGAAACUCUUCCCAAUGAACGUUCAAGAAGGACAAAAGGUUGA